AUGAAAAUGAAGUCUGCAUUGUGUUUGUGCCUGUUAUUUCUUGGACUUCAAGUCCAGGGUCAAUACAGGUCCAACUUCAAUGAUGAACAGCAGGAACAAAAAAAGCCCCAUUCUCUGGAAGACCAUUUUAAAGAUGAAGGUGAAAACUUGGCUCAUGUCAAGAUAAUCCAUAGCAAUGCUGACUUUGCAUUUAGGUUUUACAGGCAGGUCAGAGAGGAGGCAGGCAACAAGAAUAUUUUCUUCUCUCCUUUGAGCAUCUCCACUGCCUUUGCAAUGCUCUCUCUGGGGGCCAGAUCAAACACUCUUAGUCAGUUGCACAAAGGCCUUUUCUUCAACCUAACAGAGAUAGAGGAGCAGGAGAUCCAUCAGGGAUUUCAGCGUGUCCUCCAGCUGCUGAACAACCCUCAGCGAGAGGACCAGCUGAGCUUGGGCAAUGCUCUGUUCAUAGAUGACCGACUGAAAUUGCUCAAGAAUUUUUUGGAUGGUGUCACAAAUUUUUAUUAUUCAGAAGCUAUUUCUAGUAACUUCCAGAAUCUUCCUGAGGCUACAAAGGAAAUCAAUAAGUACAUAGAAACAAGAACCCAUGGGAAAAUUGUUGAUUUACUCGAGAGUCUUGAUGAGGACACCAUGAUGGUUCUGGUUAACUACAUUUUCUUUAAAGGCUACUGGGAAAAACCUUUCAACAAAUUGUCCACCACAGACGAAGACUUCUUUUUGGAUGACAAGAAUUCUGUUAAGGUCAAAAUGAUGCAUCAGAACAAAGUCUUCAACGUCCAUAGGGAUGAGAAGUUGUCUUGCUGGGUAGUAGAAAUCCCAUACAAAGGAAGUGCUGCUGCAUUCUUUGUUCUGCCUGAUGAAGGGGCAAUGAAGCAGGUGGAAGAUGCUCUGGUAAAAGAAACAGUGUCUAAUUGGACACAAUCAUUUAAAAAAAGAAAAAUCUACCUGGACCUUCCAAAAUUCUCCAUCUCUGGCUCCUAUGAUGUUAAGAGGCUGUUUGAGAAAAUGGGUGUGACAGAGGUGUUCAGUAACAAGGCCGAUCUCUCUGGAGUGUCAGAAAAUAUUCUUCUGAAGGUUUCCAAAGCACUUCACAAGGCUAUGGUAGAUGUUAGUGAGAACGGCACAGAGGCUGCUGCAGUGACUGUGAUAGAAAUGGUACCGUUGUCUGCAAUGAUUCCUCCUCCUCCUCGCAUCAGAUUCAACAGGCCCUUCCUGAUAAUGAUUGUUGACAAAACCACCCAGAGCAUCCUCUUCAUGGGAAAAAUUGUGAACCCAGCUGGCAAGGAAGAUUAG